ACUCAACACAAUCGCCACCACUUUGAACAAUAACAGACGGUUAAAAACGCAGGAUACUUUUAUUCCAUUAUUGCCCUUCAGACGUCUCCAAAACCUUACUGCAACCAAACAACCAUGGAGGUCCCCUCGGGGUUCUUAGCUAAACUAUGGAGCUUUGUUUCAUUCCUUCCCUUCUUUUCUUUGCUCUUUAUCCUCGGCCUUCUCAAAGCUGCAUUCAUUGGUCCAGUCGCGUUGAUGAUUAUCUUGGCCGGGAAUUCAGCGGUGGCAGUUGGGCUUUGGCCUGCACAUUUUAUAUGGACUUACUUCACUGUAGCAAGAACAAAGAGGCUGGGACUGGCUCUAAAGAUCGUGGUUCUAGUAUCGUUGAUUGUACCGCUGGUUCUCUGGCUGGUCGUAGCUGUUGUUGGAAGCCUUUUAGGUGGGAUAGGGUAUGGAUUUUUCACUCCCCUUAUUGCAACUUUUGAGGCCUCUGGGCAGAAUGCCAUUGACAAAUGCCACCACUGCUUUGCUGAUGGUUGUUUGUCCACCAUUAAAGGAAGCUGCACUGUGGUGACGGACUUUACGGAUUUCUGCUUCCACUCAUACUUCUCCUACAUGGAUGAGCUAAGUGAAAAAAUGUCCUCGGAUGAGAAGCCCAUGGAUAUAAAGUUAUUGAAAUUGCCAGGUUGUUUGUUGGUUGGCUUGAUUGGCAUGUUAGUUGAUGUGCCUUUGAUUACAGCUGUUACUCUAUGGAAAAGCCCAUAUAUGCUGUUCCAAGGAUGGAAAAGGCUGUUUGAAGAUUUAAUUGGUCGGGAAGGGCCGUUCUUAGAGACGGUGUGCGUUCCCUUUGCCGGUUUAGCAAUACUUUUAUGGCCUUUGGCUGUUGUGGGAGCUGUCGUAGGAGCUAUAAUUGCAAGCUUCUUUCUGGGGAUUUACGCAGGAGUUAUCAUUCAUCAGGAAGAUUCACUUCACUUGGGUUUUUCCUAUAUUAUAUCUGUUGUUUCUCUAUUUGAUGAGUAUGUAAACGAUUUACUCUACUUGAGGGAAGGAUCCUGCCUGCCCAGGCCCAAAUAUCGUAGAAACAUGGGCCAUAACCCUGAUAUCGAGAAGGUUAAUGAUAACCGUUACAAUGAACUGGAGAGUAAAGGUGAGGUGUCCAGCAAAAAACUUGUUUCAGAAAACUCGAGAACAUUGAAGUGGGCUAUUCAACACUAUAGACCUAUGCAGGUAUGGGACUGGCUUUUUAAAUCCUGUGAGGUGAAUGGUAGGAGACUCCUCCAUGACGGCCUAAUAACUAUCAAGGACAUCGAGGAAUGCAUUGUCAAGGGAAAUUGUAGAAAGUUGGGUAUAAAACUACAUGCUUGGUCCAUUUUACAGUGUUUGCUGACAUCAGUUAAGAGUGACUCCUCUGGUUUAUUGAUCAGUGACAACGCAGAAUUAACGAGGAGUAAUAUGCCAAGGGAUAAGGUGUUCGAAUGGUUCAUUGGACCACUCUUUAUAAUGAAAGAGCAAUUAAAGAAACUCGAAUUAGAUGAAAGUGAAGAAGCUUGCCUGAGGAAGCUGGUUAUGGAAUGCAAAAAUGAGACACCGGAGGACUGGAAUGAUGCAGGUUUUCCAUCUGAUGAUAAUGUCAGGAGAGCACAGCUUCAAGCAAUAAUUAGAAGAUUGCAGGGAAUUGUAGCUUCCAUGUCCCGGAUACCAACAUUCCGUCGUCGGUUUAGGAAUUUGGUGAAGUUAUUAUACAUAGAGGCUGUUCAGGCUGAUGCUUCAGCCCAUCAUAUUGGAGGAAUCCUAAAAUCUAGACAUGGUGGCGGGAGAUCCUCUGGAAAGGGAAAUAAGAAAGAUAGAUAUGAAAACGAUGAUGCAGUAGUGAAUAAAGCAGCUGCAAAUGAGGAUCUAGUGUAAAUGAACCUUUGCAUAGUUUAAAUUUAUUGUAGAAUAUAGGUGAAAAUGUUUAGACAAAAUAUGUAAGAAUCAGUUCCUGGAUCAUCUACAGUUUCUGUAAAUGUAGAAAAACAUGACAAUGAAGGUGUUUGUUGCAGUAAAAAAGAAAAACAGGCAUAUUUGCAUAUCACAGACACCUCAUUCCAAGCUAUAACUGUUGCAGGUCAUUGUAAC